AAUUGAAGAGAAGAUGUCACUUUACGAUGACCUGGGAGUUGAGACCAGCGAUUCUAAAACAGAGGGCUGGUCCAAAAAUUUCAAACUGCUACAGUCUCAAUUGCAGGUGAAGAAAGCAGCUCUGACGCAAGCAAAGAGUCAGAGAACAAAGCAAACAACAGUCCUUGCUCCAGUGAUUGACCUGAAAAGAGGCAGCUCUUCUGAUGAGAGACAGAUUGUGGACACACCACCUCAUGUAGCUGCCGGCUUAAAGGAUCCUGUACCUAGUGGUUUUUCUGCGGGAGAUGUGUUGAUUCCUUUGGCAGAUGAGUAUGAUCCCAUGUUCCCAAAUGACUAUGAAAAAGUAGUAAAACGUCAAAGAGAGGAACGACAGAGGCAGCGUGAGCUGGAGAGGCAAAAGGAGAUUGAAGAAAGAGAAAAAAGACGUAAAGACAGACAUGAAGCCAGUGGGUUUUCAAGAAGACCAGAUCCUGAUUCUGAUGAAGAUGAAGAUUAUGAAAGGGAGAGACGAAAAAGAAGUAUGGGGGGAGCUGCCAUUGCACCACCCACUUCUCUUGUUGAGAAGGACAAAGAACCUGUAGCAUCAUUUCCAUUUGAAGAGGAGUCGAGACCUCGGGCACCAUCUUCCAAAGCAGCUAUUCCUCCUCCAGUGUAUGAUGAGCCAGAAAGACCUCGUUCCCCCACGGGACCUAGCAACUCUUUCCUGGCUAACAUGGGAGGGACAGUAGCUCAUAAAAUCAUGCAGAAGUAUGGUUUCAGAGAGGGCCAGGGGCUGGGAAAGCAUGAACAGGGGCUGAGCACAGCACUGUCAGUCGAGAAAACGAGCAAGAGGGGUGGCAAGAUCAUUGUUGGUGAUUCUGCAGAGAAAGAAACGGGCAAGAAAGCAGAUUCUAACCCAUUGACUGAGAUACUGAAAUGCCCAACUAAAGUGGUCUUACUAAGGAACAUGGUAGGUGCUGGGGAGGUGGAUGAAGAUCUAGAAGUUGAAACUAAGGAGGAAUGUGAGAAAUAUGGCAAGGUUGGGAAAUGUGUCAUCUUUGAGAUUCCUGGUGCCCCUGAUGAUGAAGCUGUAAGAAUAUUUUUAGAGUUUGAACGGGUUGAGUCUGCCAUCAAAGCUGUUGUGGAUCUAAAUGGAAGAUACUUUGGAGGCAGAGUCGUGAAGGCUUGUUUCUACAACCUGGACAAGUUCAGAGUACUGGAUCUGGCAGAGCAAGUGUGAUUUUAAAAAUCUAGCUCGAGGUGUCACUGUUUUGGCAAUCAUGUUUUCAGCGAUAGGCUGGGAAUAAAGAAGAGAAAAGUAGCUUUCCUAGCAAACUGGAAACAAGCCUCAUUGAAUGGAUUUUUCGCAUUCGUUGUGACUUACUUUUUUUUUUUGUAAUAUAAAGCCCUUUGAAAGUAAGAUUCACGUCUGUGUGUUUUUGAAUUGCACAAUUCUGCUUAUUGCUCUGGGGAUCCUGUUUUUUGAGCUUUCAGAUGACUUUGUUCUUUUGAAAACCCACUGAUGAGGAGAAUGCUUUGCCUGUAUUCCUGCUUUCC